AACUUCAGAGAGAGCUGAGUUUUCCAACGAACCAGUUUAUUCCAGGAGAAAAAUUAGGUUAUCUACCUCUCUUAAUCCGCACUCCAAUAUUGUUCUACACAGCUUGCGUGAACCCAACGGUAACGUAACAAAGAAGAGCGACAUUUCGCUGAAUUUUCUACUGAUUUUUGGUCAAAAACUUAUGUUUGUCAAGAUCGACAAACCCUAAGACUCGGGUUUUUCAAAUGCUUUAUAAAAUUUACAUUUACAGUCAGGUCAAUUAGAAGCAACACUGCCGGCCCCGGGCAUGAGAAAUACACGCAAAUAAUCAUAAAAUUUGAAAUUCUUUUUUGUUCUAACACAACUACUCUCAACGAUUUCAACUUCCUUGCGUGCCUUGCUGAGAGUUUCCGAGCAACCAGAAUAAGAAGCUUGAAGGCCACAAUUCUGUAACAGCAAUUCUUGUUUGUUUUAUACAUCAGAAGCAGAAUUAUAAGACAUCAAAAGAUUUUCUUUAUUUGUAAGGCCAUUAGUUAUUAAUGGGAAUAAAUCCCCUCUGUUUUAUGAAUCGGAAGUGGAAUUACAAGACAUCAGAAGAUUUGCUUUAGUUGCAAGGCCAUAGUAGAGGAAGAAUUCUUCUCUGUUUUAUAUAUCUGAAGCAGAAUUAUAAGACUUCAAAAAGAUUUUCUUUAAUUGCAAGGCCUUACUAGAGCAAGAGCAAGAAUUCUUCUCUGUUUUAUAUAUCUGAAGCGGAAUUAUAAGACUUCAAAAUAUUCACUUUAGUUGCCAGGCCAUAAUAUAGCAAUAUUUCUUCUUUGUUUUAUAUCUCUGAAGCAGAAUUAUAAGACUUCAAAAGAUUUUCUUUAAUUGCAAGGCCUUAUUAGAGCAAGAAUUCUUCUCUGUUUUAUAUAUCUGAAGCGGAAUUAUAAGACUUCAAAAGAAUUGAUUUAUUUGCAAAGCCUUAACUAUAGCAAUAAAUAUUCUUCUCUGUUUUAUAUAUCUGCAGCAGAAUAAUAAGACAUCACAAGAUUUGUUUUUCAAGCGUCAAGUUUGAUUAUGGAGCUGAUGAAGCUGCUUUUCAUGGCGAGCUUUUGUGUGAUUGUAUGUGAAGGAAUAAACACUGAAGAGCUCUUUUCUCCAAAAUUUUCCAACAAAUCUGUGGAGAGUGCAUGGGAGUGUUUCAAGAAUUUAACAAGCGCGCAGAGAGGCGACAACUUCAAAGCGAUGCCUAAUUUGAAGCACUAUUUUAAAAAAUUCGGCUAUUUGUCGAUUUCUGAAGGAGAAAACGCGACGGAGGAAUUUGACGAGAUGAUGGAGUCGGCCGUCAAAAUGUAUCAGCAAAACUUCGGGCUUAACGUGACUGGAAACUUAGAUCAACAGACGGUAUCGCAGCUUAUGACGCCUCGGUGCGGCCGCGAGGACGUCAUCAACGGAACCUCUGUUAUGUGGAGAAACAAUGGAAGCAAGACAGGAAAUUUCAUCCAUGGCCUGAAACAUUACACCUAUUUUCCAGGGAGUCCGCGGUGGUCCGUCAACAGACGGAAUCUCACCUACGCCUUCGACCCCGACCACGAAGUGCCGGAGAUAACAAGGACGGAAAUGCAGACGGUUUUCGCCAGGGCGUUUCAGCGUUGGGCCGCCGUUAUCCCCGUGACGUUCGGGGAGACGGAUGAUUUCCCUUCCGCCGACAUUAAAAUCGGAUUUUGCAGGGGAUCUCACGGCGACGGGCAACCAUUUGACGGCGUUCUGGGGACUCUGGCUCACGCCUUCUCACCUCAGGACGGAAGGUUCCAUCUUGACGCGGCGGAGUCAUGGACCGUCAAUCUUGACGACAACAGUGUGAGGACGGCAAUCGAUUUGGAAUCCGUUGCGACGCACGAAAUUGGACACCUGUUAGGGCUGGGCCAUUCCAGUGUGCCGGAGGCCAUCAUGUACCCUAGUAUUCCCACACGAACCAGAAAAGUUGAGCUUCGUAAUGAUGACGUGGAAGGAGUUCAGAGCCUUUACGGCACCAAUCCCAGUUAUAACGAUUCUUUUGUUUCUACUAUUCAAGGGGAACAGAACAGCCACGUGUCUGGCCGACCCCGGUCCCUCUUCCUCUCCUCCUCCCUGCUCACUCUUUUCAUUUCAUAUGUUCUUACUCUCUGAUGAGGAUUUCCCGUCACGGGAACGAUAGAUUUGUUAUCCACCGUAGGCUAUUUCGCUGUACAGUUUUGAUUCAGUGUUGUAUUUUUAUGUGGCGCUCAAGCAGCAUGCUUUUAAAAUUGGUUCAACUGUAAAUACUUGAAUUGUCUUUUACUGGGAUUAUUUCAAAUCAGUGUUGUUAUUCUGUGCAUUCAAAUAAAUCAUUUUUUCUUCACUUCUCACAA